AUGCCUCGAGGAUCAAGCCGUGGCGGCCACGGGCACUCGGCUCGUCGUCUAGUCGACUUGACCGGAAUACUCAGUGUAGCAGAGCGGAAUGACCUUUCAACACUCGUCAUUGCUAUCACGGAGAGAAUGCACACAGAUAUCAGCGCGACAUUCGACUCGCCAGUGGUGACACCCGUCGAUGCGGGCAAUGGACACCACAACUGGCUCACUUUACCUCUCCUUUGCCACAAGGAAGGCAAGAAAGACAUCUCGUCAGUUGACUCCAAGCCGAAACAUCCCAAAAAGAGAGGCAAGACUUAUGACAAAGUCCACAGCACCAUUGAGAGGGAAGAAAAGGAGGCGAUGACGCCUCAACUGGGAGAGUUGAAGAAAGAAGCUUUGGCGUUUUUCCGAAAAUGGCAGUCCCUGAUCCUCCAACGUAUGAAAGAUGUAGCUGUGACCGAGACCAAGGCUCCUCAUCCCAGCGGCAGAGGCCGUGGACGGGGCUUCCGCGGAGACGAUAGCUUUCGUGGACGAGGAGGACGUGGUGGGAAAGCCGGCCGUGGAGGUCUCACUCUAGCAACAGGCCCCCCUCGGCUCCCUUCAGCACAUAUCGAUCUAGAACUAUCCAAGCAGUAUCCGCCGAUCCCAAACACGCUGUGGUCAUUGUCAAUUGACCGAAGAAGACUGUUUUUCCACAUUGUAUUUCUGAUCACACUCUCGCUUCAAGAGUACACGGCAAACUCGUUCCUGCUUCUUGCCAAUCUCACUUCAUGCUUGAAUCUCCCAUUCAUAUUUUUCCAAACAGAAGAGAUCAAGUUGGCCCGAGGUCUGGCCCAUGCCGCUCUUGAGACAUCAGCAGAGGCCUUGUUAGCCUUGAAGCUUGAGGAGACCAAGUCCUCUCGCAGGUUCAAAGGAUAUGGGAACACGUCCGCCAAUCCGACCUUGGCGACCGGCCUGGAGAGCAUUGGGAUCGGUACUUCUAGCGGAGGCUUUGGUCUGACAGGUACUAUUGCUGCAAGUCUUCUAGGGGCCAUGGCAGACAAUGCACGGAUGCAAAACGCAGUAUUUGGCAUCAACCCGUCAAAGCCGCUGGGGAAACUGCUCGAGACCUUCAGCCGCGACAUCCAGGAUGUUGGGUUCAUACCAGUACAUCCCAAGCCUUUCACAGAGUAUGCCGAUGCACGCGAAGUUUUGGCAGAGGAUCGUCGGCUGCGUGUAGUAAUCGCCCUGAACGGUUGGGUGAUCGAAGAUGAAGACUUGGUUAAACCAUGGAUUUGCUUGGGACAGCAAACGGAAACAUACACUCUGAGAUGGGACAUGGCAACUCUCCUUAAUCUCGGAAACUCCCUGGAGACCGUCAUCUUGAGCUCAGCCUGGGGUGUCUCAAAGAAAGAAGUGAAGACUAGAACGAUCUUCAAAUGUCUACUUGAAUCUGAUUGGCCUGGAUCUCUUUUGAAAGUUAGCAAGAUCAUCGACAAUCCAUGGAAUGUCGGUCUCGUACGAGCAGAGAAGGCAGGGGGUAUGCUGGCUGAUGCCAUCAUGCGCCACAAGUUUCAGGGAGAUCGGCCAGUCUCAUUGGUGGGUUACAGCCUAGGAGCCCGGGCUAUUUAUUGUUGUCUUAUGGUUUUGGCUGAAAGACGCCAUUUUGGUGGCAUUGAAUCUGUGGUACUCAUGGGGGCCCCGAUCCCCUCAGAGAGCCGUGUGUGGUUGACCUUGAAAAGCGUUGUCGCAGGGCGUCUCAUCAAUGUAUACUCGGAGCAUGAUUUCCUCCUUGGGUUUCUAUGUCGAUUCUCGAACACAGACUUCGGUAUCGCCGGCUUGCAAGAAAUCCAAGGAGCUACUGGCGUCGAGAAUUACAAUGCCGGCGACUUGACUAGGGGACACCUUGGCUACCGGUCUGCUGCUGGACGGAUUCUUAGAGAUGUCAAGUGGGAGCAACUGAGCAAGAACGGAGCCAACGGGGGAAAGCCCGCUGGCCACAAAGGUAGGCGAUGA